AUGUCACGACCUGGCACCCCUUCAAUGCUAUUUUUCGAUGUCUUGGGGACAGUCGUUGAAUGGAGAUUUUGCAUCGCGAACCAACUGAAGGUUGCAGCAGAAAGGGCCCUGCAAGAUGAAACUCGGGAAAUAGGUGUGGAUGUGCGAGGACGUGUCUCCGGCUUAGCGACUUCGACCUGGGACGAGAUCACUGACGAGUGGCACCGCUCUUAUAUGGACUUCGGCCGCACUUAUGACCCUUCGAAGCCCUUUGUCCCUGUAGACGAGCACAAUCGCAUCUCCCUGGGCAAUAUCUUCUCCGACUGGCAUCUGCGGGAUCUAUUCAAGGACAACGAUCUCCAAAACUUGGCGCUUGGUUGGCAUCGCCUUGAUCCGUACCCUGACAGUGUGCAAGGCCUUGCGUUGCUCAACACCAAGUUUCCGACCUCCACAUUAUCCAACGGCAAUGUCAAACUCCUCGAAGAUCCACAGGAACAUGGUUCUUUGCCAUUCAAGCACCUCAGCAGUGCAGAGCAUUUCAAUGCUUACAAGCCGGCACCGGAAGUCUAUCAUGCGGCGGCUCGCAGAUUCGGAUUAGAGACUUCGCAAUGUUGCCUGGUCGCUGCCCAUCUUCACGACCUGCAAGCCGCCAAAAAGUGUGGCUUCCAGACAAUCUACAUCGCGCGCCCCUUGGAAGAGGCUUGGGAUGCGGAACGCGUUGCCCAAGCUAAAGAAGAGGGAUUUGUCGAUUAUUGGAUUGAUGUUGACGGCUCGGGCCUGAUCGACGUUGCCCGAUAUUUUGGGAUAGACACGAAUGCAUAG